GUCUUGGUCGCUCACCCAAACUCCAACUUUCCGCUCGAUACAGCCGGACCUCUCUGCAUUUGGCUUCACGCUCUGGCCUCUUCCAGACCUUGCCCUUGGCCGCACUGAUACCCUUGCGCGCUGUGCACUGCUGUUGCAGUUCCCACCUCCCUCUCCAUCCUCUCCAUCAACCUCGAAUCCUCCCUCCGCCUUCUGGCCCCUCGGUGAACUCCGGGAGGCUGUUACCUUGCGAAGCAAGACAUUCUGCAGGCAGCCGGCAAAAUCCUGCUCUCCCGCCUUGCCUAUCGUGCCUAUUCUAUCUGCGUUCCCUACACAAGAGUUGAGUUGAUGCGCCCCGGAGUGGAUUGCCCUUGCACGGCGUUACUCUUACAAUUACUGCGGUCCUGUCAUCCCGCGAGGUCGCCUUGACUUGGGUCUUGGUCACAAGCGAGAACCCUGCACUGCGCUAGAGUCAAAGGACAUUCCAACCUUCGGUGGUUCCUCCAAUUGGUGUCUGUCUUCCUCAGCCUGGCCGGACAGAAGCUCGAAGCUUCCAACGGAGCCAGGCCUCGUUGUCUGAAGGACCAAAAGACCUGAAAGCGGGCAGAUCGACAUUCUGAGAGGUGCCACGUCCGUUGCGGACGGAGUCAUUGUGCCGACAAAGCAAUCCGACCUGACGAGGGUUGACCGGUUAGGAUGGCGUCGUCCUCUUUUCGAGAAUCGAUGAAUUCCUUGGGGUGGUCCAGAAGAGACCCGGAUGUCCCGCCCAAUACCUCGUCAUCAAACCCCUUGUUGUCCAAGAUUUCGUCGCUCAAUCCGUUUGGAGGCAAAGGCUACGUCCAAUUACCCACACACGAGGGUCCUGGAGCACCACUACCGGCGCCGACGAGGAGAGAAGAAGAAGAGGGGUGGUUCGCAUUAAGCCGAUGGGACCGUUUGUUGAUCUUCGGGGGCUGCAAUCUUGCAGCGCUGGCAUGUUUUGUUAUCUGCUUCGUGCUGCUCCCUGUGCUGUCCCUGAAGCCUCGAAAAUUCGCGAUCUUGUGGUCGGUCGGCUCCAUGAUGUUUCUCGCCUCUUGGGCCUUUUUGAUGGGACCGGUACAGUACGCAACACAUUUGCUCUCAGGCGCUCGUUUGCCAUUUACUGCCGCUUAUUUUGGUUCCAUCAUCAUGACCAUCUAUUUUGCUGUCGGGCUCCACUCGACCAUUCUCACUCUAUUUUCAUCGAUUGUGCAGCUCGUCGCUUUGGUGUGGUACUUAGUCAGCUACUUUCCGAUGGGAGGCAGCGGCUUGCGGUUGGCGGCUAGAUUUGGCUCCAGUCGAGUCACCGCGUGGAUGAACAACUGAAUCCUGCGCGGGGAACAGAUCUUCGUGUUUGCUUGAUAGCAACAUACAACCAUGUCACCGGCUAGAGCCGGCUAUGCUUGUUCCCGUCUGUGUCAUACCCAGCCUGGGAUGUGAGAAGUCGCCUUGCAUGACUCGCCGUUGCGAAAGGCCACUGCGCCUGCAAUUACUCGAUACGUCUCCUAACAUCCCGGCCUUCGUUUCCCACGUCUCUGACUGCGUCCGUAAUCAACUCGCGCAGUUCUCUCUGACCUUCUGCCGUGUGGAGGUUCUCCUUGGCUGCCAGCUCUUCUAUUCUUCUCCUGAACUCGGGGUCGGGUUCCUGUGCGAGUGUUCCGGGUGUCACAUCGGCCUCAGUGCCGAUGUUGAUGGAGACAUUGGGUGGAAGAGAUGGAGGGCGUUGGGCUCCAUCUGAGACCGGCCUAGGGCGGGUAGAAGCGGUUCCCGCAAUAGGAUCUAGUGAGAGGAGACUGCGGAGGUAUUCUGCGACCUCUGGAAAUUCCUGCUCUGACUCGAACUUCUCGAACGCAUUCAUACCUUCGUCAUUUUGUACUCGUAUGUCAACAUGCAACUCCUCCACCAGACACUUCGCGACCUCCGCCGUCUCGGCCACAAACAAACAUGUUUCACCAUCCUCGUCUUUCAAGUUCACAUCAACUCUGAACUCGUUGACCAGUGCUCGUAAGAGAUCUACAUGGUUGUAGGAAGCUGCAGCAUGCAAAAGAGAAUAACCAUGUGCGUCUUGUGCAGACGCUAACUCGGGUCUGGAACGAAGUAGGGGCAAAAGUCGGGGGUCUGGGUCGGGGGUGUUUGCUGCGAGUAGGAACGGAUUCAGGUUGGGUUCCGCCGACAUGGUCGAUGUAGGAGAGGGAAGAAGUGGCGUCAACAAUUCAAGGCUGGUCGGGGAGCAUAGUUGACUCAAGGGGACGUAGUGGAAGACCAGGUGGUAGUCCUGGGGCUGUACGGGGCACAAAUGUGGGUGUUCGCAGUCAACAGCCGCGAGGCAGAGGGAGAUCAGAUUGAGGUUAGAAAAAGUUGAAGUGGUACAUUGAGUCACCGGGCUGAGGUCCGCAAGACUCUGAGUGGCGGAAUGAUCCUAGCGGGCUGCGCCUGUGGCCGCAAGGCUGGUUCAAGUGCUCGUCAAUCAGGCUGAGCACUUCUG